AUGAAUGACGUGGAAGACGACGUUGAGAUCUCCUUUCCAGUAAAGUUUCUCGGUCGAGUAGAGGUGGUCCGCCCCGAUGGAAUACAGAUCCUGGAAGAAGCCGCUCAGAACCUCAAGACUUCAGAUGAAUUCUCCUCUGAGAAAGCUGCAAAGAAGAGCAAAGUCCAUCUGUUCCUGUCUCUGAGUGGGAUAGACAUUUUGGAAAACAAAACCAAGUUCCUAUUGUACUCGUGCAACCUCUCUACUAUUUCCUUCUGUGCUGUCCAUCCUUCUUCACCCAAAGUUUUUGGGUUUGUGGCCAAGCACCCUGCAGCGGACACGUACCACUGUUAUCUGUUUCAGAGUGCAAAGUUUUCUCACGUGCUGGUCUCAGUUAUUGGGGACGCCUUUCGGGUUUCAAAGAAGGAGGAGACGCACAGAGUAGGACGAGACAUAAAAGUGGAGGCACUCCAACAUAAGAAUAAAAUGCUGCAAAGAGAGAAUGAUAAGCUGAAGAGGAGGCUUGCAGGAGAAACUGAUGACUGA